AAUGGCUGUGUCUCGCGGAGCCUCGUGCUGGUUUGAUCGGUUUCUCUCUCGCGCUCUCGUUCUGUAAGAGGCCCCCCCUCCACAUACACACUCACACACACAUUUGUGUCGGUUAAAUUCAUUCCCGGGACCUUUAUUUAUAUUCUCCAGGAAACUUUUUAUAUUCGAGUCGCAUUCGUGAGAGAAGACCGAAUUCGGUCUGAAAGUCGAAGGAAUGAUACGGGACACGGGCACGUCUUUAUAAGAGCGUUGUAUUUAUAUUCAAAGUGACUCGCGGUGAAAGAGAGGGAGAGCGAGAGAGAGAUCAUGGCCGCUCAGGUCGCCACUCUCAACACUAGCCCGCCUGCUGAACUCAAAAAGCCGGAGCGGGAGCCGCAGGACGAGUCGGUAAUAGGAGAGAAGCAGCAGGAAAGCAAGGAGCCCCGCGCCGACGGCGGAUCCCCGGGCCAGAAGGAGCUACAAGACGGGGCCGAUGUGGGAAAUGCUGCUGGGGGAGGAGGAGCAGGAGGCGACCCUGACAUGAAGAACGGCAACGGGAACCCGUCCAGGGUGAACAAUAACAAUAACCAGAAUGAUUCCGGCGGACCCGAAGGGAACAACCACCCCGGCAUGGCUCCCCACCACCCGGGCGCCUUCCCUCCACCUCCAUACAGCUACAACCAGCACUACAACCGGGCCCCUUUUCAUCAACAUGGCGGACAACAAAGCCCUGGCAUGGCAGGGCCGGCGGUGAUGGACCCAUACCCGCCCAAUUCACACGAGCACGGCUACCCGAACCACUUCAACAGCUACAGCCCCUUCCCAAACCGGACUCCGUACCACCAGGGCCAAGGCUACGGCAUGAAUUCCCCGCGAAACAGCCAGCCGCCGGCGGCCGGGGGGCAGCCAGGCAAGCAGCCGCCACCAGGAGGAACUACGCCGCUGGCUACUGCUGCUUCCUACAACAACCAGAGGUAUAACAUGGGAAACCCUCAGCCUACGUCCACGCCGACACUCAACCAGCUCCUGACCUCUCCCAGCUCCACGAGGACCUACCAAAACUACCCGGCCAGCGAGUACAGCGGCCAGGAAGGAGCUGCCAAGGGACCAGGGGACAUGGGCAGCAGUAGUCAGUAUGGUGGGGGCCACCCGACCUGGCAACAAAGAAGCCAUCACCCUCCUCCCAUGAGCCCGGGAAACACUGGACAAGCCAACAGGGCCCAGCCUCCUGUACCUAUGGAUCAGGUGGGGAAAAUUCGUGGGCAGCACUAUAGUGCCGGAAACCCCUACUCUCAGCAGCAGGGGCCUCCCCCUAGCUCACAGCAGGGCCCUCCUUACCAAGGGCAGGGUUAUGGACCUCCGGGACCUCAGAGGUAUCCCAUGGGCAUGCAGGGCCGCACUUCUGGGAACUUGAGUGGAAUGCAAUAUGGACAGCAGAUGGGCUAUGGACAGCAUGGCCCAGGUAGUUAUGGUCAAAACCAAGGUGGCUACUAUGGACAACAGGGCCCUUCCCCUCAUGGAGGCUCCCAGCAAUCUUCAUACCCCCAGCAGCCUUCCACUGGACCAGGCUCUCAGCCCCCUUAUUCCCAGCAACCCUCUAGUACCCCUCAUGGCCAGAGUGGGACUUCUUAUGGGCAGCCGCAGGGGGCUCACGUUCCCAAUCAGGGCCAACCUCCAUAUUCCCAGACUCCACAAUCACAGUCAGUACAGUCUCCCUUCCCCCAGUCCCAGGGUUCCACUCAGUCACAGGGUCCUUCUCAGGGCCAGCAAGGGUCUCAGUCACAGCCUGGUUACACUCAUCCACCUUCUGGUUCAGGGCAGUCUGCUCAACAACAGGGACCCUCACAACAGCAGCAAUGCCCACAACAAUCACAGACACCUAGCUCUGCUCCCCCUCCGUCAUCCCAGCAAACUUCAGGACAGGGCCAGCCUUCACCUUACUCUCAGACUCCUCCACUGCAGACACAACAACAACAACAGCAGCAGCAGUCACCCUUCCAGCGCUUUCCACCUCCACCUCAGGAGCUUUCUCAAGACUCCUUCAGCUCCCAGUCUUCAGCUCCUUCCUCCAAUCAACCCGCUGUGUCCAGUAAGAGUGGUCAAGAUGACACCAUGCAGGGACGACCUUCCAGCCUUCCUGAUUUAUCAGGCUCCAUUGACGAUCUGCCCACAGGCACAGAGGGUGCUUUGAGCCCAGGCGUGAGCACAUCAGGUGUGUCCAGCAGUCAAGGCGAACAGAGCAACCCUGCACAGUCUCCAUUCUCUCCACACACCUCCCCUCACCUAUCAGGUAUCCGCGGCCCCUCGCCUUCACCCGUGGGCUCACCUGCUAGUGGCCCUGCUUCCCGCACUGGACCACUUUCACCUGGAACCAUUCCUGGAAACCAGAUGCCCCCCAGACCCUCAAGUGUCCAGUCGGAUGGUAUGUUACAUUCCUCCAUGGGUCAGGAUAGAGUAUAUAUGAGGAACCCUCAGAUGCCUUAUGGCUCUCCUCAAUCUGGGUCAACUUUAUCACCUCGGCAAACAUCUGGAAGCCAAAUGCAUGCUGGCAUGGGUUCCUACCCGCAGAACAACUCCAUGGGCAACUAUGGGCCGCAGGGUGGCCAAUAUGGACCACAAGGUUACCCGAGACCACCAGGUUAUGGAGGCAUGCCUAAUGCUAACUAUCCUGGCGGUCCUGGCAUGGGUGGCUCCAUGAAUCCUAUGGCAGGGCAGGGUGGAGGAGGGCCUUAUGGAGGGAUGCCUCCUGGGCGCAUGGGACCGGGACAGAUGGGUACGAGGCCGUACGGCCCUGGCAUGGGCCCCAAUAUGGGUGGCAUGCCUCCUCAGGUGGCGUCUGGAAUGUGUCCUCCACCUGGAAUGAAUAGAAAGCCUCAGGAUCCUGCUGCUGCGGGCAUGCACCAUGGCCCGUCCAACUCCAUACACAGACCACCUGGGUAUCCCAACAUGAACCAGGGAAUGAUGGGAGCUGGGUCUCCAUACGCUCCACCCAUGAACAGCAUGCAGGGUAUGAUGAAUCAAGCAGGACAGUAUCCCAUGCCUGGCAACAUGUCCAAUAACUCUGCAGGCAUGGCUCCUAGUCCAGAGUUUGGCAUGGACAAGCUCAACCAAUCUCAAAAGUUGAAUAACAAAGUGGAUGGGACUCCUAAGACUGAAUCGAAAAAGAAGUCAAGUUCCUCCACCACCACUAAUGAGAAGAUAACUCGUCUGUAUGAGCUGGGUCCAGAACCAGAAAGGAAAAUGUGGGUGGAUCGUUACCUUGCGUUCGCUGAGGAGAAGGCCAUGGGCAUGAGCAAUCUCCCUGCGGUGGGACGCAAACCCCUUGACCUCUUUCGCCUCUAUGUGUCCGUCAAAGAGAUUGGCGGCCUCACUCAGGUGAACAAGAACAAGAAAUGGAGGGAAUUAGCCACUAAUCUGAAUGUGGGCACAUCCAGUAGUGCGGCCAGCUCUCUAAAGAAACAGUACAUCCAGUGUCUCUACGCCUUUGAGUGCAAGAUCGAGCGAGGAGAGGACCCGCCACCUGACUUUUUCAAUAAUGACCCUAAAAAGAACCAGGCCAAGGUCCAGCCUCCAUCACCAGCUGGAUCAGGAUCGUUACAGGGUCCUCAGACGCCCCAGUCAACCAGUAGUUCUAUGGCCGAAGGUGGAGACCUGAAGCCCCCUACACCUGCCUCAACACCGCACAGUCAGAUGCCACCCAUGCCUGGUGCUAGGAGUAGUGUGAAUCUGCAAGACCCGUUUGCUGAUGGUGGGGAUCCAGCCUUUUCAAGACGAAACUCUGUGACCCCAAAUUCAGGAUAUCAACCUGGUAUGGGUGGACCAGACAUGAUGGGCCGUAUGGGACCUUUUGAGCCAAAUAAGGACCCAUUUGGUGGUAUGAGAAAAGCGGGUGAGCAGUUUAUGAACCCAGGUCAAGGCCCAAAUAGUGGCAUGGGUGAACAAUAUAAUCGAGCAUCCCAAGGACCAAUGGGAAAUAUGCAGAUGGGUCAAAGACAACAGUACCCAUAUGGUCCAGGAUACGACAGAAGACCAGAUUCAAGUAUGGGCCCAGAUGGGAAUAUGGGUCCACAACCCAACAUGAUGCCUUCCGGUGCAGAUGCAGGGAUGUACUCACCUAAUCGGCCUCCACAGCAGCAGAGGCAUGAUACUUACAGUAAUCAAUAUCCUGGCCAAGGAGCUCCCCCUAGUGGACCAUACCCAAAUCAGCAGUCAGGAAUGUAUCCACAACAACAACCGAAUUACACACAGAAGAGGCCAGUUGAUGGUGUUUACGGUCCUCCUGCAAAACGUCAUGAAGGGGACAUGUACCCCUUUAGUGGUCAGCAGCAGGGUCCCCAGGCCCCAGGUGGACCUCAGUCCCAAUCAGAUAUGUAUAACCAGUAUAACACCUAUCCAGGCUCAGAAAGACGCCCACCAGGCCCACAGAGCCAAUUUCCUUUUGGCUUUGGACGAGAGAGAGGACCUAAUGUAGGUGGUCCAAACUCUCAGCCUUCCAUGCCACCACAGAUGAUGGGUAGCUCCAUGAGUGGCACUAUGCCUUCGGUUCCUGAUGGACCCCAAGGACCCAUGUGGCCAGGGCGUAAUGAGAUGAACUACCCAAACUAUCAUAACCGCCAAGGGCCACCUGGUGUCCCUUCUCAAAGUCAAGUUUACCAUGGCAUGAAUCGUUCUGAAGACAUGAUGCCUUCAGAUCAGCGCAUGAACCAAGAGGGACCUUGGCCUGGCCAUGUUAACCAGCGGCAGCCCCCAUAUGGGCCUGUAGCCUCAGGGCCACCUAUGUCCAGACCUCUUCAGCCCAACUAUCAAUCCUCUCAGAACCACAUUCCACAAGUAUCCAGCCCUGCACCCAUGCCAAGACCAAUGGAGAACAGGACCUCACCCAACAAAUCUCCAUACAUGCACCCAGGGAUGAAAAUUCAGAAGGCUGGACCCCCAGUCCCUGCAUCACACAUUGCUCAGCCAUCAGUGCAGCCCCCUAUGAUUCGGAGAGACAUUGCAUUCCCACCAGGUUCAAUAGAGGCCUCGCAGCCUAUUCUGAAACCACGUCGUCGGCUUACCAUGAAAGAUAUUGGAACACCAGAAGCCUGGAGAGUCAUGAUGUCCCUCAAGUCAGGCUUGUUAGCCGAGAGCACAUGGGCUUUGGAUACCAUUAAUAUUCUUCUCUAUGAUGACAACAGUAUUUCUAACUUCAACCUGAACCAGCUUCCUGGCUUCCUUGAGCUUGUUGUUGAGUACUUCCGAAGGUGCCUCAUUGAGAUCUUUGGAAUAUUGAAAGAAUAUGAGGUUGGAGACCCUGGGCAGCGGACCCUAAUUGACCCAGAAGCCAUUGACCCUGAGAUGUCUGAUGAAGAGGGGCCAGAGGCAGAACAGAUGGAAGAGGAUGAUGAGGAUGAUGAGGAAGAUCUAGAAAACAACACUGUGCAAACAUCACAGGUCCAGAUUAAGCAGGAGAAAGAGGAGCCUACAGAAUCUCUAAAAUCCAAUGAUAAAAAUGAAUUAGAAGAUAGGGAAGGUGAGGAUAAUUCAUGCAAAGAUCAUCUCAGAUCAUCUAUCACAUUGCAGGACACAAGUGCCUCCCAGGAAAGGCCAAAGCAGGCUAGUAAAUUUGACAAGCUUCCCAUCAAGAUUAUGAGGAAAAAAGACCCGUUUGUCAUUGGGCAUACUAGUAAAUUGGGUAGGCGACAAGCUUUUGAUAGUGGUCUUAUUCAUUGGAGUGUGGGUGGUGGUGACACCACAGAGCACAUACAAACACAUUUUGAGAGCAAGAUGGAACUCUUGAAGCAUCGGAAACGAGUGCCAGUGAAUGUUGAGCCACGUAAAAAGGUAUCUCAAAUAGUGGAGACAGGUGAUGCUGAAAAGGUUCAGACAAAUGAAGGACCACAGCAAGUACAAGUUCAGGCAUCCAAAGAUCAACCAUCGUUGGAAGGUAAAAGCACUACAACAUCAAGCACGUCAACAAGUAUAACAGCCACCAUUGAUGAUGUCCUGUCGGCUCGGCGAGGCUCUGUGACUGAGGAAGCAGUCAGAGGCAACCAGGACAGUGACAAGGAGAAGAAUACAUUUCUCUUUGGCAUCGAUCUUGCACAACAGAGUCGCAAUAUCAAGAUCUUGGAGGAUGAGCCACACAGCAAGGAUGAAACCCCACUCUGUACACUCUCGGAUUGGCAGGAUGCGCUAGCUCGUCGCUGCAUCUGUGUUUCCAACAUUGUUCGCAGUCUUUCCUUCAUUCCUGGCAAUGAUCUGGAGAUGUCGAAGCAUCCAGGACUUUUGCUGUUACUUGGACGACUUGUGCUGUUGCACCACUGGCAUCCUGAACGCAAGCAGGCCCCUGUUACCUAUGAGAAAGAAGAGGAGGAAGAUGAAGGUGUCAGCUGUGAGCGAGAUGAGUGGUGGUGGGACUGUCUUGAGGUUCUGCGGGAAAACUGCUUGGUCACAUUAGCAAACAUCUCAGGCCAACUGGACCUGUCCAUCUACCCUGAAAGUAUUUGUCUACCACUGCUGGACGGCCUGCUCCACUGGGCUGUGUGCCCUUCGGCAGAAGCCAUUGAUCCGUUCCCGACUCUGGGGCUCAAUGGGACACUGUCUCCCCAGAGGCUAGUUCUCGAAACCCUCAGUAAGCUUAGCAUCCAGGAUAACAACGUAGACCUCAUUCUGGCUACGCCACCUUUCAGUCGUUUGGAGAAGCUCUAUGGUUCCCUUGUGCGCAUGGUUGGCGACCGUAAAGUAACUGUCUGCCGGGAGAUGGCAGUGGUACUGCUAGCUAAUCUGGCGCAAGGCGAUACCGUCGCUGCCCGGGCUAUUGCUGUGCAGAAAGGAAGUGUUGGAAACCUUCUUGGCUUCUUGGAGGACAGUCUUGCAGCCACCCAAUUCCAACAGAGUCAGGGCUCGUUACUGCACUUACAAGGUUCACCCUUCGAGCCCACUAGUGUGGACAUGAUGCGGCGGGCGGCACGUGCCCUGCAUGCCCUUGCCAAAGUGGAAGAGAACCACUCAGAGUUCACGCUGUAUGAGUCACGGCUACUGGACAUAUCGGUGUCCCCACUCAUGAACUCUUUGGUGUCCCAUGUAAUCUGUGACGUACUUUUUCUGAUUGGCCAGUCAUGACAGCCGUGGGGGUGAUCAUGUUUUUCCCCACUAUUUUUUUUAAUGUGUGUGUGUCUGCGUUAGUGGAGAAAAUUUAAUAGCGAAACUAUGUUCAUUUUUUUUAUUUAUGCAAAAUCACCUCAGAUUCCACUGUCUAUCCUGUCCACCCUUGCUUCGCUCUCAAGGAAGGAUAUACCAUUACGUUGCGAUGGAUUUUAACACCUAUGGAUAAGAGUUAAAUUAACAUGGAUGUGCCGAUCACGAUCCUCGCCUGCAAGAGUGCUUUGCCCUUUGAACAUUUUUUUGUAAGGAAAAUUAAAAUGACAAAAAAGACACACACACAAACCAAACUGUAACCAAAGUUGCUGUCACGUUUACAGUGAGUUUGGGGAAAAACCUUGCUCAUUCACCUUCUGGGUGUGGAUGGGCAUGGAGAUGACCAUAAUCUGGUUCUUGGAGUCUAAAUGGACUCAGACUCUGGUGUGUGGUAUACAUUGCUGUAACUUGGAUUAUAUAUACUUAGCCCUAAAGGAACCAGGUCGUUGGCUGUGAACAGACAUGUAAAUGGGAGGCCUGUGCAGUAGAUUGUAGGACUUUUUUCUGUACUGUACACCUUAAAACUGUAAACAUACUGUAACAAUACUGUUUCACACUGAGAUAAUGCUGGCUUGGCAGCAAAAAAACUGUAGUUUUUAAAAAUGAUUUUAGUUCAUGUGGAAAAAAUGGCUUUCCCCCCAAAGUAACGUGAACCUACAACACCCCGACCUCUUUGUCCCUCGAUUGUAUGACUUGACCCUUAAAGAAAUCACCUCUUAGGACUGGUCUUGAGCUCUAGAUGCAGUCCUGGCUGCAGUGUAUAUAAUGAUGUUGUAAAUUACACUUUGCUCUUUUUCUUUCUCUCUCAUCUUAUGGCGCUCUUCACCGUUUUUAAUCUUUGACGAAUUAAAGGUUUCACUCAACAGAUCUCUCA